AUGGGGGUGGCGAUGGAGUUAACUGCAACUUCUUGCACGGGCAGGCUGCUCCAGUUGAGAGCCGGACUGGUUGUUUUCGACACGAGAAGUGAUCAUCACCUGUCAUUGAGAGAGAAUCCAUCGAUUCACAUCCAUGAGAUGAAAUCGGUGUGGUUAAUGGGAAUCUCAAAGAUAUCUGGUGCCCUGGCACUUCUACUUAAAGCUGCUAUCCAGUUUGUCAUGCUGGUUUGGUUCCUAUGUUUUAAGAUUCCUCGCCCUGAUGUCUUUGUUGUUCAGAAUCCACCCUCUGUUCCAACACUGGCUGCUGUAAAACUGGCAAGCUGGCUAAGAGGUGCUAAAUUUAUUGUGGAUUGGCAUAACUUUGGAUAUACAUUGCUUGGAAUGUCUCAUGGCAGAAGUCACAUAGUAGUCAAAAUCUACUUCUGGUUUGAGAAGCACUUUGGGCAGAUGGCUGAUGGUGCCUUUUGUGUUACGAAAGCAAUGCAGCAUGAGCUUGCUCAAAAUUGGGGAAUCAGAGCAACGGUUCUUUAUGAUCAAUCUCCUGAUUUUUUCUACCCUGCUUCAUUGAUGGAGAGACAUGGGUUGUUUAGCAGGUUGGGGAAUUCCAUUUGUAUUGCUAUGGGCAAUGCUGAUUGCAUCUCUGUUGAGAAAGAAGCAGAAGACAUGAACACUACUGUAUUUACCAGUAAGCUAGAUGGUGAAGUUUUCUUGAAGCCUAAUAGGCCCGCACUUGUUGUGAGCAGCACAAGCUGGACACCAGAUGAAGAUUUCAGCAUACUUCUGGAAGCAGCACUGAUGUACGAUAGACGUGUUGCUGCAACAUUAGGUGAAGAUGACUCCAUGGAUGAGGGACAUCUUUGGAUUGAUAUGAAGAAUGGGAAGCAAUUUGUCUACCCAAGAUUGCUACUCAUUAUCACUGGUAAAGGACCUGAUAGGAAGAAAUACGAGGAGCAGAUAAAAAGGUUGAAGUUGAGACGUGUUGCCUUCAGGACGAUGUGGCUUGCAUCAGAGGACUACCCUCUAUUGCUUGGGUCAGCUGAUCUAGGCGUGUCGUUGCAUACAUCUUCAUCAGGGCUGGACCUACCUAUGAAGGUGGUUGAUAUGUUUGGAUGUGGAUUGCCAGUUUGUGCUGCCUCAUUCUCCUGCAUUGAGGAGCUUGUAAAAGUAAACAAAAACGGUCUUCUUUUCUCAACAUCUUCGGAGCUUGCUGAUGAACUUAUGAUGCUCUUCAAGGGGUUUCCUAAAGAAUGCAAUGCCUUGAAAUCCCUCAAGGAUGGUGCCUUGAGUACAGGGUCAUCUUCCAAAUGGUCAACAGAAUGGGAAACUUAUGCGCUUCCUUUGGUGAACCAGGUCAUAGGAUGAGACAUGUGAUAAGAUACCUCGUAUAGACAAAGGAUUGUUUUAUUCGGGAGAUAGGUGUGGCGCAUACCGGAAUAAUCAAAGGUGCAUUUGAAGAUAUUGUUUGCUUCACCAACUGCUGCCAGGAUUCGUUUGUACCACGGGCAUCACCAUUGCUAGUCUUAGCAGAACCUACAGCUGAAACCAUCAGGGUCUCAACCCAGUCACCAUGUAUUUGGGCAAUUUUAGAGCUACCUCGUUUUUUCCUUUUUUUAACUAAAAACAUGCUCUUUGCUGACUGCAUGUCCAUAUUAUUUCAGGAUGUAUAUCGCUUGUUUUAUAUGGUACCUUAUUUGAAAUCUGGUACUCUGUUACAUAAAUGAUAAGCAAAAGAGAGAAAAUCAUAUUGUAACACUGGCGCUAAGGCCAAGCUGAUAAUAUAUUUUUGCAGACAUGAAUGAACCAAAUAAA